GUCCACCACCAUUGCAUCGAGAUCCCACCACUUCUUUUUUCUUCUAGAUACCUUCAUCGCCGUUCCUGCCACUUCUUUUGAUCCUGCCACCACCGCUUACUUUCUCCUCUCCCAAGUCGAGUCUCCUCCAUACCCCUUCUCUUUCUGUCGCUUCUGUUUUCCUCUUUGACGAGUUCAAUGCUCUUAAAUCAUCUCCCCAGAGUUGAACCUGAACCUUCCACCUCUACAAAGAAGGGGCCCUACCCCUUACAGUCGGCAAUCAUUCGGUAUUAAAGACUCAAACUUGACGGGUUGCGAUUCCUCGAUUUUCUGUCAACUGGAGUAUGGAGCCGUCCUCGAUUCUCAGUCAACGUCGUUCUCUCUCGAUGAUAUCGUCGCCUGUUAUUUUCUCUUCUACAGAUCUGAUUUCUAUUUCUCUUCUUUAUUAUUCGUUUUAUAAUCUCAAACCCACCGGAUUCAAAGCAGGAAAGUGGCAAAGAGGGUAUUUGGCUGAAGCACAUCCAGAGAUGGAGGGCAUAUACUCCAUUGGGCAGAGAGAAGACCGAGAUGGAGAUCGGUAACCGGAAAGAGUACAAGACGGAGUAAUCCGACGAGGUUGAGACGGGAAGAGAGAAGAGGGGAGGCGAGCACUCCAAGCCCUAGACCAGAACAAAAAUGCCAUGGAAAUGGUUACUGAGCCUUUAUUUGCAUCUGUAGCCAACAUCCUUGGUAUAUUGGAUAACAUAUCCAAACUGCCAAAGGAACUUCUAGGGAUGGUUUCAGUGUUGUGCGAUUGGUAUGCUAUCUUAUUGAUAUCCAGGCUUCGUGGGACAGAACCGAAUCACCGAUGGAUGAGAUUAGUAAAACCCGAUGUUGUGUUUUGAUUGUUCUGCCAUGGGCGGAAUGAAGUAACAGAAAGUUUGAGGUGAUGAUGUUCAAUCUGAGUAGAUAGCAUGUGGAAUCCACAAGAGUUGUACAAACAAGAGGCUUGGAAAAAUGUACCAAUUUAUAGGAAUAACAUCCUUGAAGAUUCUGUUGAUGGUUAUGAUGGGGGAUAUGCAAUUACAAGGGAGAUGCCACCUUUUGAAGCUGAAGCCGCAAUUACAAAUUUGGUUAAAGACCAGACAGAAUUGAGACUACACAUCUUGAAAGAAUGGUGCCACUAUAUUAGAUUUCAUAAAGAUUAAAUAACAAAAACAACACCCA